UUCAGUACUGAGGCAAGGGGCGUCCGCGGAGGACAAACAGCGGAGAGUCCCCAGGCGGACGUGCGCGAAGGUGAUGCAACCGCCAGGCGGGAAGAGGGGAGCUGGGGUCGGGACUGGCGAAGGGAUGCGCACCGGCUGCAGCCGGGUGGGCGGGCAGGCACCGGGCGGGGAUUCGCUGGCUGAGUGAUGCUCCCGCCGCUUCGAUGACUGGCUCAGGGCGGCAUCUCUCAGCCGCCCCCCUGCCAACACCCCGCCCGCCCUGCCGUCCCGUUAUAAGAGCGCUCGGAGCCGUUCGCCACUUCGCCACAACAUCAUAGACCGGCGAGACCUGCGCCUCGCUGCCGCAGCAGCAACGCCGCCGCCGCCGGUCCCCUGGCUGGAGCCUCGGGGCGGGGGAUCGGGGGAGAGAAAGCGCACCCCGAAUCCCCGAGGCGAUCCUGGGAAGGAGCUCCUUAGCCCCGUCGGGAGCGGAGCCCGGCGCGCCCCGGGCGCCUCGCCAGCAGCAGCGGCGGCGGCUUCUCCAAGGUGCGGCGGGGCGCUCCUCUCGCUCUCCGAAGCGCGCGCGCCUGGAUGCCCGGCUGCGGCCCCGCGCCCUCUGCCGGCGAAGCCAUGACGCCACACAGCCGCUCGGAGGCCGGGAAGCCUGAGCAGGCGGCCGCGGCAGCCGCUGCCAGCCGCGAGCUGGAGUUGCGCGGCGCGGGCGCCUCCGCCUCGUCCCUGCCCGCGGCGGUGCGGGGCGCGCUGGAGCUGGCCGAAGCCCGGCGCCGGCUGCUGGAGGCGGAAGGGCGCCGGCAGCUGGUGUCGGAGCUGGAGAGGCGCGUCGAGCAGCUGCACCGCGUCUUCAUCGAGGCCGAGCUGCGCAUGGCCAACCGCGCCGAGAGCCUGGGCCGCCUGGGCAGCGGCGUGGCGCAGGCCGAGCUCUACCUGACCGCGCACGGGCAGCGCCUGAAGAAGAGCCUGCGGCGCUGCAAGAAAGCCAGGCCGCCCGCCUUGCUGGCUUCGGCGCUGGGACUGGGCAGCUGCGUGCCUUGGGCUGACUGCAGAACGCGCCGCGGCCGAGGGGGCGCCCCAGAGCCGCCCGAGUCCCCCUUCAAGAGGAUCCAGCAGGGGGCAGCUCCUUCUCCCCAUCAGCCCCGGCGAACCCGGCCUUAGAAGUUGGGCGGGGCGCUGCACCCCUCUGCCACCCGCUUGGGGGGGGGUGAUGUCGCUAGGAGGGUGGGGUGGAAGGCGACCGGUGCUAGUAAGCGUGCAGAGGGGUCUUCCUUAUAGAAUUUUCCUCCGAGGAUGGGGACCGUUUCCCGAGCCCCCCAGAGCAGGAGGGUGUGAUGAUGAUGUUGGUGAGCAUCCUUCCUUCCUUCCCCAUCUGCUUGUGGCAAACAGCUCUCUCCAGGCAGAUCCACAUUGUGCAUUUAAAGCAUACUUAAUGCACGUUUAAAGUAUAUGACUUCCCCCAAGCAAUCCUGGCAACUAUAAAUUUGUUAAGGGUGCUGGAAAGGUUUGUGAAGGAGUAAACUACAGUUCCUAGAUUCUUUGGGGGGAGUUAAAUAUGCUUCAGAUGUAUAGUGUGGCUCUUUUCCAGCUGCUCAUCAUCAUCAUCAGAUCUCUUGGCCUUGGGCUCAACUGUAGGAGACAUCUGAUUCUCACGACCAUCUCAUUCAUUGACUUUCCUUUGGUUUGGAUAAGUUUGGCUUGCAACCAGCCCCAGAUUCAGCUGCUGCUCUGCUGCUCUUUAACUGGUCUGCUGAAGCUUUGAAGUUGUUCCAGAACUGGCUUUUUUGCUCUGACGGUCAGAGGGUGAGAUGAUGGUGAGAACCAGUCCUAGACCGCUUGCCUUUAGGAAGCAAAAAACGGCACCUUCUGCUCCUAGCCAAUGAGUCCUUUUUACAGGAGUCGAGCAGUUGGGUGCUUCAGCUUCGACUUUUGGCAAUGUCUGUUACCACAGGAGGCCUCUGCAUUGCAUUCUAGUGAGGACCCAGAGCAAAAUGGGCAGCAUGGAUAUGUCUAGGCAGUCCUUUUGGCAGCAGCUGGAGAGAGGCUGUUGAGUCUGCUGGUUCUUAUGCAAUCGAAAAGUACCCAUCUGUUUUGUAGAAACUCAUCCUCUUUAGUCCAGGGUCUGGGAGAGCUUCUGGAUUCUGCAGAACUUGGAAACAUUUCAUCUUUGCAUAACUCUUAAAAGCAGUCAGUUUUUUGUGGCUUGACAUUGCCCCUCCUAAACUCUGCUAACACUCAUGGGUCUUUGAAGGAAGAAAUUUUGAUUCAGGAAGAGAAGAGCAAGUCCCAACCCUCUGAUUUUUUUUUGGCUUGGCUUCCAAGUUGUCUGCCAAAGAUUCCACCUUGAAGUUGCUUGUCCGGCCAUGGGACUUUAGUGAUGUGGAGGAGUAGGCUUGCCCAAAGGUAAGCACCUGCUUCACAGACUUGACCUUCACCUGACACUCUGCUGCUAGAUCUUCCUCAACACAGGUGCUUCUUUUACCCAGCAAGGCUGCUGGUCAUGCUUGGCUUCUGUUCUCCCCUCACUAUCACAUUUCCGCUUACUGGAUCCCAAGAAACUGGCCUUAAUUUUGCCCUUGUACAUAACAAAAGCUUCCUUUGUACACCAGGGGAAAACUGCUGUCGAACUGCAACCAAGACAAGAGGUACCCCGAAUUGCUCCUUCCUGCUGUUUUGGACAAUGGCGUUAAGGGGGGCUAAGCAGGAACUUUUCCCUACAAUGAUUGUAUUAGAGCUUUUCUUUAGCCUCUUGUCUAGCACUUACUGACCUGAGUUGGACUGACCUGCUGUUCUGAACAUCAGAAACACUAUAAUUUCUCAUAUUGAGAAUCUUCCCUGGUCUUUAUGGGGGCUAGAUUUUGCCUCUUGCUGGUUAGCUGAUGGGAACUUCUGAAAUACUUUUAUUGCACUUUUAAUGUAGAUGUUGGCAUUGCUUUGCCAUUUAGAAUCUUACAGGGUAACGAAUGGGUGCAGGAUAUCCACUGGAUAUUGUGCCCUUGAUCCUCUGUAUCCAACAGGUUUGGGUAUAUGGGGUGAAGAAAUGCCAGCUUUGUACUUUUGUAUUAGUUCCACUUUCAGCUGUUUUGACAAAGGAACAGAUUGAAUCAGAUUUCAAAAGGGGGGUCAAAACGGGCCCUGAAAAUGCUGAAACAAAGCCAGGCUGCAUUUCUCUUAGGUAGGGCUACAGAAUGCGCUUAGAAUUCAAAGCUGAAAUACUCGUUAUGUAACUGGAAUGUACUGUGCAGUCUAAGUAAUACUGGACAAAAUUGCUAACUUUCUCACUGCAAAAAUAACUAAGGGUUUUCUUGUAGAAUUCGGAUUGCUUUUGCAUCUAGCGAGGUAGCCUAGUUACUCUUAUGCAGCAAAUGCAACAAGGAGCUUUGGGCACCUGUGAGGUUCACCGAGUUUAAGCUUUUGGUGGUGCCAUCCAGGCAGGACUUUGGGGCAAAUGUCCAGGCUGCAUUCAGCCGAAUGGGCACCAGGUGGGGGUGGGGGACCUACGCCACAGGUUUGGCUAAUCACAUUCUGAAGUAAAUGAAGUAAACAGGCAUGGCCAUCAAAAGAGGUAGGGAGACAAGAGACACUGCAAUUCUAACACUUGCUUCCCUGGGAGUAUGCCCCAUUGGAUUCAGUUGGUCUUACUUCUGAGUAGGCAUGGUUAGGACUGCAUUCUAAAAUUACCUAGCUGUGCUGCUGCAGGAACUGGAGCAGUGAAGGAGAUUGAUGCAUGAAGCACUAGGAGAUAGUAGGCGGAGUGGUGCAGUAGGAAGAAGAGGAGCUCAGGAAGAGGCACCAGCUCAUUGGAGAAAUGCAAGUGUCCAGAGAAACCACUUGGGUUUGAUAACUGCCAGACUUAAAAGCAAGAGGGGUAGAAAAUCCCUUUAAGAAAAAAGGAGGGAGAUUGCAAAAUCAGGACUGAAAUAAAGUCACUGCAUUUAACCUGAUCUUAUCAUAACGACCAGGAUAACAAGAGGUUGCUUGAACAACAAUAAAAAUAGUGGAGACAGCAGGAGAGGAAUUUUAACAUUCUCAUUUUUGAACACAGAUUUUUCAAGAGACACGUCGUAUUUUUUUAAAAAAGAUUGGUGUGUAUUUAAAGCUUCUGAAAUAAGCUUUAAAUACAUACUAAGGGCUCACCCAAACUUACACUAGGCACAGGUCCACACUUUAAAGCACUGUGUCCAAGCGCUCCCCCCCCCGCUUGCCCCAGGUUAAAGCCCCGGAAGGACAUCUUGAAUGGCUUAAAUGCAUUGGAGUGACCGGUAUGAAGAGUGACCAUUAUCCAAACAUGCAACCCCUCUUCUCUUUCAUAUACAGUGCAGUCCUAUAUAGCUCCACUCAGAAGUAAGUCCUACUGUGUUCAAGUGUGGAUAGGAUUGCAGCCUAAGAAAGGGCCAGGCUGCCAACCACUAGCAAUUUGGAUAAACGCAUGCUUUCAACCACAGAGUUGCAUUCAUAUAGAGCAGGGAUGUCCAGCUUCCGAGAGACUGUGAUCUACUUGCACUAAAAAAACCACUGGCAGUGAUCUACCCAUUGUAUUGACCGUAAUUGUUGAGCUUCUUUUAAGGAGCAAAAUUUGUUGAUUUUGGGGGGGGGGUCAGUGUCUCGCGAUCGACCAGGAUCGACCACAGACACUCUGCGAUUGACCAGUAGAUCGCAAUCGACCUGUUGGACAGCCCUGACAUAGAGCAAAGAAAAUUGGGAUUCAUGUGGUUUGGAUAAUGAGGGUGCCAGAGGUACUGGUUCUGACCUAGCUGUCUUGCAUGGUUGCCAGGCGCAAAAGAGGACAGGGCCUCCUGUACUUUUAGUAGCAAUGUAGAAAAGGGAAUUCCAGCAACUAUAGCUGGUCGUGAAGCUAUUAAAGGUGCAGGAGCCCUCUCUUUUGCAUCUGGAUACCCUAUUCAGUUAUAAUAUUUCCCCUUCCUGUACAGCAAUCCAUUACAAGAAUGUAAAGGAUAGGAAAUUUUGAAGCUGCUUCUCCCCCCACCCUGACCUUUGAGGGAUAAAAUGAUAUGUCUACUCUCCUCUUUUAUAAAAGAACUCGAAGGUAUUUGCUGGUGUGUUUGUUUUAGAAAUAAAUAGAUAAAUAAAUUGCUAUUUCAUGAAAGUGCUGCAGGGACUACCUUAAUGUGGAAGAGAUAAUCAGGCAGCUGGUCUUUACGUAAUCUUUGCCUCCCAUAUGUUUCUGGCGAAGGGCUCCUGCCCUCCUGAUGCGGCAUUUGGGCUCUGUUGGAACAAAUGUACAUAUUUUGCUACAGGCACCAGCUGGAAAGAAGCACAUAGUUUAUACCCAAAUAAACAUUGUGUUCAUUGUUUUGAAGGUGGUUGACUUAAGUCAGAUGGAAGAGGUGAGACACACAAAGCAAAUCCCAGCUCCUGGGUGAUAGCUUUGCAAAUAAACAAUGGGAAAUACUUUGAAAGUGUGAUUUUCUCCUCCCUAUGGUUGAACACCUGUGCAUGCUUACCUGGGAGUAAGUCUCAUUGGGGAUUGCUUUCAAGAGGGCAUGUGUAGGAAUGCUGAAUAGCCACGAUCACAAAAUCAUGUGAAUCUGGAGGAGUGUCAUUGAAAUUAAAAGUGCUUAUUGAGUAGAUUUCUGCAGCUGAAAAUAAAAUAAAGGCACAUGA